AUGCUGGAGGAGAAGAUGCGCGAACUGCACGAGGUGCGCAGCGAGAUGCACGGCAAUGAGGAGAUCUUCGACCUGCUCGAGGGGAAAUAUCAGCAACAGCAGAAGAGGAUCGCAGGAAUGAGCGAAAGCUUGCGGGAGUACGAGCGAAAAUUCGAAAAGCUCGAUUAUGAGCGCAAGGAGAGGGAGCGAGAGCUGCAAAAGGCGAAAGAGCACCUGGAGCGCGAGAGAAGUGAGACUGAGCGGAUCCAGAAGGAGCUGAUGGAGGCCCAGAUGAGUCUGAAGGAGCUGGAGGGAAGGACGGAGAACGUCUUGAAGGAAGAGAGGAGACUUGUUGAAGCUGUUGCUCGCCUCGAAAACGCACGUGAUGAGCACAUGGCCCGAGCGCGAAAACAGAGCGACCUCGUCGCCGAGCUUCAGGAGACGAUCUCCGAUCUGACGGAGCGUCUCACCAAAGCCGAUUCCAACGUUGGCGAGGAGCGCAACCAACGGCGCAAGGCGGAGCGGGAGCUCGAGAAGGUCAAGGACGAGCUCGGCACGUUCAAGGCGGAGGCGGAGAAGAUGCUGGAGAAAUAUGAUUCGAUGAAAGACGUCGCACGUGAUAAGGAUAAUCUCAUCAAAAAGCUGGAGAAGAAGCUGGCGGAUAAGGAAUCGCUAAUGGAGGAAUGCAUGAAAGAUUUGCGCGAAUCACACAAGCACCGUGUGGAUGAGCUGAAGGACGAGUUGGACGAGUUGAGGAGGAAGAAUAGCAGGCUGGAGACGGACAACAUCACGCACAAGUCGAGGGUCGACAGGAGCGACUCGAACUUUGGCCUCAAUUAUAUGGGAAGGAGCCUGGAGAGGGAGAGCAGCCUCGACUCGGAUUACGGUCGAUUGAGCAGCGGUCGACACAGUAUGGAUCGCUCGCUGACUCGUCAAUAUUCCAUCACUUCCGUGCCGUCAUUCUCCACGAUGCGCCAUCUUUGCCGAAGGAGACAAACCGAACCGGACAUUAUGGAGGGUCUCUCCCGUGUCCCCUCCUCGACCUCCCUCUCCGAGCACCAGCGCAAGAUCCAGGAGCUCGAGCGCCAUCUUCAGGACGCCAAGACCGAAGUGAAUCUGAAGAACCGCGAGCUGGACGUGUACAAGAGUUCGUUGCAUGCUGUGGAGCAGGAGCGCGACUCGUUCAACAUUCAGCUGAAGGCGGCGCAGGGAGAAUUGGAACGUUUGCAUCGUGAGAACCGUACUUUGACGCGUGCGAAUCAGAAUCUCGAGCUCCGUCUAAAAGCUGCCACAGAUGAUGGUGAUCACUGGAAGCACAGAAUGGAGGAGACGAUCGCUGAAAUGGCCUCCGCCAUCGAGACGGAGCGGAACAAGACGAUCCACGAGUUCGAGGAGACGCAGCAUGAGAAGGAUCUGAAGCAUCAUCGACUGGUUGCCCUCGAGAGGAGUAAGGACGAGCUCACGAAUCAACUAACCGACACCCAGGUCGAGCUCGACAGGGCUCUGGCUCGAGUCCUCGAGCUGCAGACGGCUUUUGAUACACAGGAGACUGUGGGCAAAAACUGGGAGCACGAGUAUCGACAGGUGAUGCACGAGUUGGAGGGGUUGAGAGAUGAGAACGGGGCGUUGAAGAGCAAGAUAAGGAGGCAGUACAAGCAGAUCGAGAUUCUUACAAGGCAAGACGACAGCGAGCUGGCCCUCACCUCGAUGCAGGAAAAGGUGGACAAACUGAACGGCCGGAUGGAGGAU